CUUUCUCUCUCUAAAAAUCUGUAUAUGUAAAUAAAUAAAUGUUUAUACAUUAUUAUGACAUGGAAAUGGCAUGGGCAAGCGUAAUGGACAAUUUUAAUACACCAAGAUCCUGCUUUCAAAGACACAAGAUCAUAGCUUGCACCACCUUCCUCGCCGCCGGAUGCCCUAUCUGUUAGUACCAUUUGUUCGGCUAGCCGUGAAGAAUCGAACCAAGUGGGUCUGUUCAUGCUUAGCUGAGAUAAGAUUGAUGCACACCAUUGUGAUAUGUAAGUUGGAGCUUCUAGUUGUCAUUUUGAGAAAGUGGGUAAUUCAUUUUGAACACUGGACAUUAGUUUAUUGUAACAUGGAGAAGAAUAUUGUGGUAGAAGACCAGAAUCGUCAAAGUAGCGAUUCUAUUAUUCUUUCCAAGUCCAUGGAGUCAUCCAUUAAGAUUGACUCAAUAUCUAUAGAUCUCAUCAACGCCAAUGAAAAGACAGAUGCAGAAAACUGUGAACAUUUUUCAAUACGUGGAUAUGUAUCUGAAAUUUGCAAGAAAGACUGGAAGAUGUGUUGGCCAUUUGCUUCAGAGGGUGACAGUAAUAAGCAUGAUGAACAAGCAUGUGGGCUUCCUUCUUUACAUGUUCCAAAGUUCAGAUAUUGGCGUUGCCAUAACUGCCUGUCAGAUAUUGGUGCCAAAUGCAUUGGAAAUGAUUAUGGCCCCAUCAUUAAAUCUUGUGGUGGUGGAUUAAAAUCAAAUAGCAUUUGUUUCCAUGCAUCAAUCCUUGGUGAUGUUGCAAUGCUGCUAUCUGGUUUUCAGCAAGCUCUAAAACGACACAUUCUUGAGAAAAAGGUUGAUGCUAAUGCUUCAACUGUUCUGAAUAACACCACUGAAUAUCAUCCUGUGUCAGGCAUUGAUAAAAAAGAAAAUAAAACUGAAGUUGCAAUUCCCGCCAUAGAGCACAAUAUGGAGUCAACUGGUAAUUUUAAUAAGGAAACACAUAGAUUGACUACAGAAAUUUCAAGCCUGAUGCAGAAAACACAUCAUGCAGAUUGCAUAGUAAAUCUCAAAUCAAGGUGUAAUGGAUCUAUAGACCUAUGCAAGCCAGCCUGUGGACGUCAUGAAGUUGCUGAUGCUGAAUUGGCUGGAAAUCUCAAUUGCACGGUUACAAGUUCUUUUAAGAUUCAUGAAAUGGGGAAAGUAAUUUCUGCAGCUGAUCAACACAAUAAGUUAACAGCUAGUGGAAUAUCAGGAGAAGCGGGUAAUAUUGAGAAGGCAUGUAAUGCUGACAAACGUCAAGCAAGUGGAUACCCUUCCCUGGAAUUGGAUGAGUGUAAUUAUGCUUCAUCUGAGAGUGCUGAGACCGUGGUUGGGAAUAAUUUUCAGGAUCUUCAUGAUCAUAAUUCAAGUGGGUUGCACAGGAGAAAAACCAGAAAAGUGCGCCUGCUAACUGACUUAUUGCGUGAAAAUGGUGAUGGAGACACAGAUAACGCCAGGACUGAUGAUUCUCUGUCCAAUGUCAUUCCUGAUGCAUCUGCAGUCGGUGAUAAGCUUAAUGUUCCCCUAGAUCAGGUGGCUAUCUCAGGAAAUGUCAGAAGGGGUUUGGGUCAACCUAGGAAAAGGAAGUUGGAUCAGGAUGAAGAUUGGAGACCCCUGGAAACAGGCUCUCCCAGUAAAGUCUGUAAAGAAGUUAGGACCUUAAAGAGAGAUGUGGAAUUCACUGAUGCAAUUGCCAAAGCAUUUUCUAGAAUGCAUUUGCAAACUAGUAUGAAGAAUAAUUUUACCAAACGUGGAAUUGAUGGAAGUCCCAGUAUAGGUAAGAAGAAAAACAAAAAAUCUCUGAUUUUUAAUGAACGUUCAUCCUUAGCAUUUUUACAAGAAAAAGUGCCAAAUGAAAUUGCAAACAAAACUGGAGAUGUAUCUAACAGUGUUGUUUCUGAUGGAGUUCUGCUCAAGCUCAUGCAUAAUGAAGUUACAGGCAGAGAGGCAGAAUUUUUACCUUUGUCCCCUCAAAGAAUGGAUAGGAAAUCAAGUUUUAAGAAGAAAAAUAAGAUGCCUCAAGUUGAUAAUCUGCAGGCUUCCUUAAUUCCUUGGAAUCAUGAUAUGCUCAAAGAAUAUCCCAUAAAUAGAAAAGAUGUUGAGUUCUUGCAGACUGAGCCUGUAAGGCUUCCAUUUUAUUCAGUGCCGGAUGCAUCCAGUGAAAAAGGACUAAAUCUUUCUCUUAACAGCUACUUGACCACACAAAAAUAUGACAUGCAGCACAAUUUACAGGUUGAAGGCAGGCGAAUGUCUUUAAUUACUCAGCAAGAGGGCACUGCAGAAGAUCAGGUAAACAAGAAUGCUGCAGAAACCAAGCAUGUUGGAAAUUUCAGUUUUGUUUCUAAAUUGAUACCGGAUGUGCCUUUUGGCAAGAGAGUAUUUGACGACCUGAGUAGCAAGAGAACUACUAAUAGAAUUCCCACAUCUCAGUUUGAUAUCAACAAAAAGAAUUUUGUUAAUACAAGCGGCAACAUGAAAACAAUUGGAAUUCAGGAAUGUUCAGCAGCUACAAGGAAAGAUAGUGACUCUGAACAGGGAACUUUAGAUGAUGUUCCGAUGGAAAUUGUUGAACUCAUGGCAAAGCAUCAGUAUGAGAGGGGGCUUCCUGAUGCUAAAUAUGAUAGGUGCCAAUUAGAAAUGGCUAAUAAUGCUAAGACUGGUCAGGCGAUGGAUUUUAAUAAAGCAUAUGGGAAUAGAGAGAUGAGCCUAUUUCAGCAGGAAACUUCCCAAAAGCGAAACCCUCUUGUUAAAAAUGGAAGAAAUGGAAUAACCAAGAGGAGUGAAAAUGUGGAACCCACCGAACAGAAGUCAAUUGAGUACUUUUCCCAGGCUGAUCUAAACCAAUUCAAUGUAAAAAAACUGCAACAAAAUCUUGCUCCUGCAGGUUUUGAUGCAUUUUUUCAGCAUCAAGAGAAGCAAUCAAGUAGAGUCCACCAUUCACCUUCCAGUUCUGGCAGGCAAAAUAGCACUCAAAAUUGCAAGUGGGCUGGGGAUGUGGUGGGGAAGAGAUCCUUCCGUAACUGUUUGCAGACCUCAGGAACAUGUAAUGCAUGCCAGGGCAUUCCCCAGCAGAGUAAAGAAACAAAUCAUCUUUGGUCCACCAUGAUGCCAAAUCACAUGCCUUUUGUGUAUAGCAUUCCUCAAAAAUGUGCUCCUCUAUCUACGAAUAUAGAUGUCCUUUCAAGUUCUACCAGCAGUAUUCCUAAAGAAAAUACAAAUGGCAAUCGUGAUCUAAAGUUUCUGAAUCAGAAUGCUUCCAGGUAUGGAAGGCAAAAUUGUAACUUUAGUUCUGAGACUCGGACAUGUGCAGAUUACCCAUUUGCUUGCAAACAUAAUGGGAUCGAGCCUAAUCAAAAGCCUAUGGGAUCAUUAGAUCUGUAUUCUAAUGAAACCAUACCAGCAAUGCAUUUGCUCAGCCUCAUGGAUGCAGGACUUCCGUCCCAUGCGCCAAUAAAUCUGACUGUAACCCCAAAGUUCCUGAACAGACCUUCCAUAACACAUGAUCAAAAGCCUAAUGAAUUUUCUAAGCUGGAUUCUGGGGCCUAUAAAGCCACCAAUACCAUGAAGCACACAUCAUAUGAUUGCCGGGGUAAAAAUAAACUUGCAGAGGAUUACAAUGGAUGUAUUUCUGCCAUUCCAGCAGUAGUUGGUUCGUCUGCUUCUUCAUUUAAACAUGAUAAAUGUUUCAAGAAGUCCACUGGCUUUUCCUGUCAAGUUUCUCCAGAUAAAGUAAAGGGACGAGGGUCUGAUUCGUGCACGCAGAAUAAAGGCUGUAGAUCACAAAAGCCUAUAGUUCCAGGUGGAAAUUUUGGCACUAAUUGUGGAUCCAUUCCAGUUCAUAGCAUGCAGACAAUGUUUUUCGGUGCAUCAGAUUCUAUGGUGUCUCCUUUACAAGUUUGCAGACUGGAAAAUUUAACUAAACACAAGGUGAAAUCCCCUAGUGGCACUCAACCUGUUCACCCCAAUAAAAGCAGUUCUGAGACUGGAGCCUGCAGUGUGAACAGAAAUCCUGCUGAUUUUACUGUGCCAGAAUCUGGAAAUUUAUACAUGAUUGCAGGUGAAGAUCUAAAAUUUGGAAAGCUGGUUCCUUUGUCAAAUGGGAAUGGCUCAACUAAAUUGGUGGGGCGGAAGAAAAGACCGAAGAAGCUGCCUGCUGUGAAAGAACAUCGGUGACAUCUACUUUCAUGAUCAUUGCCAGUUUUAAAGCUGCAGGUAAAGCUGCAGUUGGUUUACCAGCUUCUUCAAACUGAAAAAUAUACUGGAAGCUUCACAACAGAUCAAAUGGUAAAUGACAGAAAAUAUUUGCACGCAUGUCAAUUUUUAAUUCUGUAACCAUGAUUCCUUUGACUUCAGGUCUUGCUGAGUAAUGGAAGACACACUAGGUGCAAGGUCGGGCUUGUAUAUACCUACAUGUGCCUUGACCAUCAAAAGUAACUUUAUAUGUAUGUCUUCUUGUAUUUUCGUAUGCUCAUUAUACGUGGUUUUGUUGAUUAUGUUAAAAGGUUAUAUAGAAGCCUGAUGCUGCCCCUAGCUCUGGAAAGGGCUUCUUUGCACUUCAGUGAAAGCAUUUGCUCCAUUCUAGAGGGGAACUUAGAAUGGAAACAAACAGCAGAAAAUUAGAUGGUAUGAUGUAGUUGAAUACCAGUGGCCUGAGAUUCAAAACAGGUUCAUCAAUAAAUCAGCAAUAAAUCAGCAGUCAAGGGUUCGCUCGUUAUUUUCAUUUUUAUAAUUCUUUAUUUAUAUAGUAUAGAAGGAAAGGUGAUACAACAACAAUAAUUAAGUUUUAAUGCAAAACUAGUUUAGGUCA